AUGAUUCUCAACGCAGCCAUCGUCGCCUUUGCUCUCAGCGUUGCCGUCGGCGCCCUUCCUCAGGCAUACCCCGAAAAGUGCAGCGACCAAGUCUGCCCAGCCGACAGGGCCAAGUGCUGCGAAGUCAUUGUCAACGGCGUCGCUGAGCUCGGCUGCUUCGCCGAGUGCCCUCCCAUCCAGCAGCCGCAACGGCGCGACGAGCCUUCGACCACGACCGCUGCAUCGCCGUCCACUCCUACCUUUGGCCCCAAGUGCGGCGAUUCCUUCUUCUGCCCUGUCGGCAAGGUCUGCUGCCCUAAUGCUCUCUACCACCGCGCUGAUCCCGACAAGGGCAGCCAGCGGUGCUCUCAGUAG